AUGGCUUGCCCGAGGCCUCCCAGCCAGUGUGACCCCUCAACCCUGGCCCCCGGGCCACCUUCAGGACGCCGGCCCCCACCUUUCAGCAGACGCCGGGGAGAGAUGAGUAGCAACAAAGAGCAGCGAUCAGCAGUGUUCGUGAUCCUCUUUGCCCUCAUCACCAUCCUCAUCCUCUACAGCUCCAACAGUGCCAAUGAGGUCUUCCAUUACGGUUCCCUGCGGGGUCGCAUCCGCCGGCCCAUCAACCUUAAAAAGUGGAGCAUCACUGAUGGCUACAUCCCCCUUCUUGGCAACAAGACACUGCCCUCCCGGUGCCACCAGUGUGUGAUUGUCACCAGCUCUAGCCACCUGCUGGGCACCAAGCUGGGCCCUGAGAUUGAGCGGGCUGAGUGCACCAUCCGCAUGAACGACGCGCCUACCACAGGUUACUCAGCUGAUGUGGGCAACAAGACCACCUUCCGUGUAGUGGCCCAUUCCAGUGUGUUCCGUGUGCUGCGGAGGCCCCAGGAGUUUGUCAACCGGACCCCUGAAACCGUAUUCAUCUUCUGGGGCCCCCCGAGCAAGAUGCAGAAGCCCCAGGGCACCCUUGUGCGCGUCAUCCAGCGGGCAGGCCUGGCGUUCCCCAACAUGGAGGCCUACGCCGUCUCUCCCGCCCGCAUGCACCAAUUUGACGACCUCUUCCGGGGUGAGACGGGCAAGGACAGGGAGAAGUCCCAUUCGUGGUUGAGCACUGGCUGGUUCACCAUGGUGAUUGCAGUGGAGCUGUGUGACCACGUGCAUGUGUAUGGCAUGGUCCCACCUGACUACUGUAGCCAGCGGCCCCGCCUGCAGCGCACGCCCUACCACUACUAUGAGCCCAAGGGGCCAGACGAGUGUAUCACCUACAUCCAGAAUGAGCACAGCCACAAGGGCAACCACCACCGCUUCAUCACCGAGAAGAGGGUCUUCUCAUCCUGGGCCCAGCUGUAUGGCAUCACCUUCUCCCACCCCUCCUGGACCUAGGCCACCUUGCCUGUGGGGACUUCACAAGGGACA